AUGCAAAAGCAAACACUAUCGUCGCCGAAUGCAGUGGCUACUUCAUCCGUAACAUCUUCUACAAAUCCGUUCAACACGCUGAUAAAAGAUCAGUCAUCCUCCAAAGUACGUCAACAUCUACCUACAUCGUCUAUAGCUACCAUAGAAGAGCUGGUAGAAAAAGUAGAAAAAACCCAUCUCCAUAAUGAAAAAAAAGAGAGAAUACCUGUUACCGCCGAAUUGAAUACCUCACCAGCUGCUGCCUUUCUUGCCAACUUUAUGCUCCCAAACUUGACGCCAUAUCAACAGCAACGACAACACAACAAAGCCACCCAUCUGUAUAAUCCUAAUGAUCGUGAAGGUAUUGCCAAUUAUAUCUUUUUGGACACGAUAGGUUUUGGUGGUAAUUCGAUUGUACGCAAAGCACGCCAUGAAGUGACGGGUAAUAUUGUUGCUAUCAAAAUCAUUGAAACCAUCAUCAAAGAGAUAGAACAUCCACACCCACACCAGCAACAACAACAGCAACAGCUCGAGCAGGCUCGUCUGGAACGCGAAUUGAGCAUUUGGCAGUCUCUCAUGCAUCCCAAUAUUGUUCGAUUGAUCAAGACGAUCCACGUACCGAACGAGCAUACCUAUUACGUAGUGAAUGAGUAUUGUUCAGGAGGAGAUUUGCUGACGUACCGCAACAGUAUGGAAGUCAUGUCAGAAGAGGAAAUGAAGCUGAUUUUUCGUCAAGUGUGUGAAGGCGUGCGAUAUUUACAUAAAGAACGAAAUGUCUGCCAUAAAGAUUUGAAGUUGGAGAAUAUCUUGUUGUUGCAUCUCCCCAAAAGCAAUGCCCAGGAGGAUAAGCAGCGACUGCAGAUCAAGAUUUGUGAUUUUGGUCUUUCUGUCUUUGCGAAUAGUAACAAUAGCAAAGACUGCUGUAGCAGCAACCUCUUGACGCAUAGCCAUCAACACCAUCAUCAUCGUCAUCACUGUAAAGGCGUGAAUAACAAACAUAGUAAUAACCCUCAAGAAUUUCCCCAUCACCAGCAUAAUAACGACAACAACGAUUAUCAUCAACAUCAUCCGCAAGAGCAAGAAGUCGCGGGCGGUUCCUUGGCUUACAUUCCUCCUGAGCAAAUUCGUAAAAAGAAAGUAUCUCUCGCUUGUCGCAAAACAGAUAUUUGGUCCCUAGGCGUUAUUCUCUAUUCAUUAGCAGUAGGACAGCUACCGUUUGUCAACACUUUUGAGCUCAAACUACAAGAAAUGAUCCUUGAAGGUACUUAUGCAAUUCCUGAUAACAAGCACCUCUCUGCUUCACUGAAGACCCUUAUUCAAGGUUGCUUGGCCUAUUUGCCGGAGGACCGAUUGACUAUUGAUCAAAUAUUAGCAUCAGAUUGGUUUCGUUAG